UACAGCACUCGCUUCUGUCCUGUUAGAGGAUCGAUUGAUCAGAUUUAAAGUCCAGAGACUGGAAUAUUUCUAAGAUUUCAUUUCUAAGGCCCCGUCCCAUUUCUUCUUUUUCCCCCUCCCUGCAGAUAUUUUGACUGUGUUUUGGUGAAGGGCAGCCGGCUUAACCACAGUGAACGGUCUGAGUGUGAAAACGCCCUCUGACGUCUGAGCCUGUGAAGCGAAAGCAGUCUUUAAGAGGCUCAGGAAGAGUGCGAGGACGUUUCAGAAGUUGUUCUGCAGCAGAACGCUGUAAACUCUCACUGGGACUCUGGAAUGUAGUCACUCAGGAGGAUGAUUUCAGACGUGACAGCUGUUUGCCCAGAGCUCCUGCUAGCUUGUCUGGUGAUUGCUCUGUCCAUUUGGUUCUGGAGAAGAAGAACGCAGCCCACAAACCAUCAGCACUUUAAAGAUGCUAACAAGACACUGACACCUAUAACAGUGAACCAUCAGCAUCCAGAUCAUCCAGAAGUGUGUCCUACUUCAGUACAGAGAACUCCAACUCCCACUGUAGUUCAUCCUGAUGGCUGCACUGUUGUUGCGAGUGCUAAUAACAGCAGCACUGUAUGUACUCCUAUUCUCAAUAGCAACGUCAUCCAUGGCCAAUGUGUUAUCAACUUCAACACCAAUUCUGGAAAAGAACCUGGAGGAGCAGAUACAGCAAAGACACACUCAGGUGAAUCGAUCCUGAAGAAAUUCCUGGAGACUCACAAAGCCAGUAUGAAGAGGAAAACUGAGUGUAUUUUUGAGGGAAAGAAAGAUGCAAAAAAUAAAAUACAGCUAAGGAAGGUGUACACACAGCUCUUCAUCACAGAAGGAGAACUUAACAAAGUCAAUAAUGAACAUGAGAUUCUAAAAAUUAUGAAAGACAAAGCAUUCAGGGUUCACAAAUCUCAGGAGACGGCAAUCAGCUGCAAUGAGAUUUUCAGUUUAGCACGGAAAAAUGAUGACCACAGUAAAACAGUGUUGACCAAAGGCAUUGCUGGCAUUGGAAAAACUGUAUCCGUUCAUAAGUUCAUUCUUGACUGGGCAGAGGGGGAGGCCAACCAGCACAUAGACUGCAUGUUCCUGCUUCCAUUCCGAGAGAUUAACUUAAUUAAAGAUUCAGAGUUCAGUCUUCAUGAAUUGUUGCUGGAAUUCCACCCCGAAUUGGAAGAAGUGAAGGAAGCCAAAAUGUAUGAAAAUCGCAAGCUUGCAUUCAUUUUUGAUGGGCUUGAUGAAAGUCGACUUCUGUUGGAUUUCAGCAGCAGGAUGGUGACAAGUAUUCAUAAGAAAGCAUCUGUGGAUUUGUUGAUAACGAACCUCAUUAAGGGAAAUUUGCUUCAAUCCUCAAUGAUCUGGAUAACCUCCCGACCUGCAGCAGCCCACCAAAUCCCUUCAGAGUAUGUGAGCAUGUUCACAGAAGUACGAGGGUUCACUGAUAAUCAGAAGGUAGAAUACUUCCAGAAGAGAAUUGCAGAUGAAUCUCAAGCCUCAAAAGUCAUCUCCCAAAUUAAGGUCUCUCGCAGUCUCUACAUCAUGUGCCACAUUCCUGUCUUCUGCUGGAUUACGGCUACUGUACUUCAGGACAUGCUGGCCCAAAAUCAAGGAGAGGACAUUCCCAGCACACUAACUGAAAUGUACACCCACUUCCUACUUAUACAGAUGAACAUGAAGAACCAGAAGUAUGACAAGAAAGUUGAGCGUGACCUGACGAAACUUAUGGAAUCAAACAAAGAACUGAUCCUGAAGUUAGCCAAGCUGGCAUUUGAACAGCUGAAAAAGGAAAACAUUAUGUUUUACGAAAGUGACCUGAGGGAGUGUGGUAUUGAUGUCACGGAAGACUCUGAAUAUACUGGAAUGUGUGCUGAGAUCUUCAAACAGGAGUCUGUUCUUCACGAGAAAAAGGUUUACUGCUUCAUACAUUUGAGUCUUCAAGAAUUCCUUGCUGCUCUCCAUGUGUUCUACUCUUACCUGAACAAGAGCAUGGAUGAUUUGCAGUUUUUCUUUGAUGAUGAACUUCCUGCUAAUAUUCAGUUGGAUCUCUUACUGAAGAAGGCAAUUGACAAAGCCAUAGAGAGUGAGAAAGGGCAUUUAGAUCUUUUUCUGCGUUUUCUGCUGGGCAUCUCACUUGAGUCUAAUCAGAAACUCCUGGUAGGUCUGUUGCCACACACAGAGAACACCAAAAAGAGUAUUGGUAAAGUAAUACAGCACAUCCGGCAAAUGCAGAACAAGGGCCCAGAUCUGUCACCUGAGAAAUCCAUCAAUCACUUCUUCUGCUUGGUUGAACUAAAAGACAGCUCUCAUUACAACCAGAUAAAGAAACGUCUGAGUGCUGAAGCACUUCCAAAUAAAUAUCUCUCUUCAUCCAACUGCUCAGCUCUGGCCUACAUGCUCUUGAUGUCUGAAGAAGCUCUGGAUGAACUCAAUCCAAAGAGCUACAACACAUCAAAUGCAGCUUGCAGGAGACUGAUCCCAGCUGUGAGGUGUUGCAGAAAAGCCUUGUUUGCUGGCUGUGAACUUACUGAGAGUUGCUGUGAAUGUGUAUCUGCAGCUCUGCAAUCAGAAAACUGUCCCCUGAGAGAGCUGGACCUGAGUGAUAACUACAGACUUGAAACAGCAGCUAAGCUGCUUUCUGAUGGACUCAAGAGCUCAUACUGUAACCUAGAGAUACUGAGGUUAGUCAGAUGUUAUUUCCCCCAAAACAGCUGUGCAGAACUGGUCUCUGCCCUCAGCUCAAUUUCAUCCUCUCUGAAAGAGCUGGACCUGAGUAACAAUGAUCUGCAAGAUUCAGGAGUGAGUCAACUCCUUCUCAGACCAGGAAAUUCAUACUCUAAACUACAAAUCCUGAGGCUGGGCUGGUGUAACCUCACUGAGAAGAGCUGCGAGGUCCUCUCCUCAUUUCUUAACAAUAGCACAGAGUCAAAUCUAAGUGUGCUGGACCUGAGUAACAAUGACUUGCAGAACGCAGGAAUAAAACUGCUCUCUGCUGGACUGGAGGAUCCAAAGUGUAGAUUGGAGAUACUGAGGUUAUCUGGUUGUAUGAUCACAGAGGAAGGAUGUUCUUUUCUAGCCUCAGCUCUGAAUUCUAACCCCUCCUACAUGAGAGAGCUGGAUCUCAGCUAUAAUCACCCAGGAGAGUCAGGAGAGAACCUGCUGUCUGCUAGAGUGGAGGAUCCACACUAUAAACUUUUAUUAAGGAUGGACCCAAAAGGUGAACACUUUAUCAAACCAGGGGUCAAAAAAUAUGCCUGUAGGCUCACAUUGGAUCCAAACACUGCACACAAAAAACUCUGUCUAUCUGAGGAUAACAGGAAAGUGACACAUGUGGACGAGAACCAAGAUCAUCCAGAUCUUCCAGAGAGGUUUGAAGUAUUUCCGCAAGUGCUGUGUGAGGAGGGUCUGUCCAAUCGCUGUUAUUGGGAGGUCAAGUUCAAAGAUUCAAGCCCUGAAAUAGGCGUGACCUAUAAUGAAAUACUACGGAAAGAAGAUGACAUUCCUUUACAUGAGGCUUCGGCUCAGCUUGGACUGAAUGACGUGUCUUGGAGUCUAGGCUACAGUACAACUGGCUACCAUGCCCGUCAUGAUUCAGAGUACACAGACAUACGUGCUUCUGUCUCAAGGUCAGGCAGAAUAGGCGUGUUUCUGGACUGGCCGGCUGGUGUUCUGUCUUUCUACAGCGUCUCUUCGGAUACUCAAACACUGUCCCACCUACACACGUUCCAAACUACCUUUAAGAAGCCUCUGUAUCCUGGCUUCUUUGUGGAAUCCGGCUCAUUGUUUUUAUGCCAGAUGGAAUAACGACAGUCAUUACAAGAUAUCUGUCGGCUCACUCUGAACCGCAACACUGCUCAUUGCUCUCUCUGUCUGACGGAUGAGGACAGGACGGUGUCAUGGAGCACGAAGGAGAUCCCCUACGAUGACCAUCCAGACAGAUUCCAAAUGUGGAAGCAAGUAAUGUGUCAGGAGGCUCUAUCUGGGCAGCAUUACUGGGAGGCCGAGUGGAGUGGGAGUGAGUUUGGGGUAAAUAUAGGGGUCACAUGCAGAGGAAUCAGCAGGGCUGGAGAGGCGAACGUCUCCUUGGCAGGUCGCAAUGACAAAUCCUGGAGUCUACACUGCUCCAAUUACAGCUAUACUGCUUUACACGAUGGCAAGAAAAUCGACCUCAGAAAACACCAGAAAAACUUCAUUUCUGAGAUGAUAGCAGUGUAUCUGGACUGGCCGGCUGGGACUCUGUCCUUCUACAGAGUCAGCACUGAUACUCUGAUCCACAUAUACACAUUCUGUACGAAGUUCAGAGAGCCUGUCUACGCUGUGUUCAGACUGAUCCAUCACUUCACUGUGGUGUCCCUGUAGCUGAGCACAGACACAGUUUUUAUUUCAGCUUGAAAAGUCCAAAUCCAACUAAAAUCCCUGCCCCCAGCCUUUGAAAACGUCAAAACUAAUAAGACAAAGAAAAUGGGAACAAUGUCUUGGAGCCAUCGAGUUUAGAAAUGCAUCUUAUACUCAGCACCUGAAAAAUUUGGGCCAAAACAGAAAGCAUGUUGAAUUUUUCACCCAAAACCCCCCAAAAAUUAAAAGCGUACAACAAAGUGUCAAAAUCCAAUAUUGUACAAACAAUUUUAAUGGUAAAUAAAAUUAGAAACAAGACCUUCAGCUGAUAUGGGAUAGGCUCCAGCGUCCCCCCACGACCCUGACGGAGAAGCGGCUUAGAAAAUGGAUGGAUGGAUGGACCUUCAGCUGAUACUCAAAACAGCAAAACAACAAAAGCAGAAAAGAGCACACCAGUGCCAUCUGUAGGUUUAAAAGUCUCACCCAAUGAAAUUGUUAGUGCAAAAGUGUAAAGAAUAACUAAAGAUCAUGAAAAUGGAAUUCAUUGCCUACCAACCAAUUUUGAGGACUGUAGGUCUCCUGGCACAUGCUGUACAUACUGUACAGUUUUUUUUAAAGAACAUUGUUUUUUUUUUUUAUGAAUUGUCCGUUAUAGACAUUAUCUCUUGCUUAUUUCCUUUAAAGGUUUUUGUUAUGGGACCAUUUAGCAUAACAACUGUUUCAUUUCUUUUAUUUUUCUGUUUUGUUUGGAAUCUCUGCAUGUGCACAGGACACAACCUGACAAAUUUGGGCCAGGCUCAUUUUGAAAUACCAUUCGGUUUGUGCUUAUAAACUGGCAUAACUGAGAUAUGGAUUAAAUGCAUUUUUCUCUAUAGUGCUGCUGUAUCAAAAGAAGACAGUAGAGGUACAGCUGUCUGUUGUUCUCCUUGUUUGAACAACAGUUGGUAAUGUCUGGAAUACUUCUCAAUACUUUUUUCUCCAUAUAGUUUCAUAGGGUUAGCUUUAUUGGCUUAAAGCACAUGCUCAACUACACAGAACAUCCAGUGUAUCUGUGACAUCUGUAUGAUAACAUCUGAACACAUCCCCACACUCUUAAAAUAAAAAAAAAUAAAGGUACCAAAAGACUUUUUAGUGAAACAGAA